CAGCUGAGCGGCUAGGUAAACAAACAGGAGAGGAGAAGAAACGAGCAGCAGACGCUUUGCUGGGUUCUGGCUCAUUUAGGGACACUUUUCUAUUCACAUCGUUUUUUUGUAAAAAACAAAAAAUGAUAUCCUGUUUCCUAGAAAAAAAUAUUCCUUUGAUACACGGGUGCUAACAUUUUCUAACAAGAUUUAAGAACUGCUGGCUUGCUAGCUCGGAAAGACUGGACUUUUUGCACCAUCUUUUUUUUUUUUAUUAGAGCUCGUAAGAAAAGCUCAGUAUAGGUCAAUAAGGUGUCUUUUUUUCCAGCCAGUUCCAUUAGAUGCAGCACUGUCUUCGGUAAAUAAACACAUUUUACAAAGCGACCGAGCGUUCCUGCCGUUUGCGAAGUUCAACGUUAACGGCAGACAGCCUCAGGGAAGAAUGACCGAUGUCCAGCUAAUAAAUAUCCAGCUGUUACUGGAGGCAGCGGAGUACAUAGAAAGAAGAGAAAGAGAGUGCGAACAUGGAUAUGCUUCGACCUUCCCUUUAAACCAGAGCACAAACUACCAGAGGCAGAGGAAGUUCCGAAAUAAAAAGUUCAGCAGCAACCACAACAGGUCAACACACAAUGAACUGGAAAAAAACAGACGAGCCCACCUGCGGCUGUGUUUGGAGAGGUUGAAGACCCUCAUACCUCUGGGACCUGACUGUAGCCGCCACACCACCCUGGGCCUACUCAAUAAAGCCAAAGCACACAUAAAGAAACUUGAAGAAGCCGACAGGAAGAGCCAGUACCAGCUGGAGUCCCUGGAGCGCGAGCAGAGACACCUACAGCGUCAGCUGGAGCUGCUGAGAGGAGGAAGCGCCGCUGCCGUCCAGAGCAGCCCGGGGGAGGGGGAGAGGAUACGCAUGGACAGCGUGGGCUCCACCCUCUGCUCCGACCGCUCGGACUCCGACCAAGAAGAGAUUGAGGUGGACGUAGAGAGCACCGAGUUCUCCCAUGGAGAGCUCGACAGCGUGAGCAUGGCCAGCACCAGCGACCUGGACGACCACAGCAGCCUGCAGAGCAUGGCCAGCGACGAGGGCUACUCCUCCUGCAGCGUCAAACUUGCCUUCUCCUCCUAAAGCCGCCGCCGCCGCCAGCACCGACCAGCCCUGCCAAACCCGCCUGUCCUUCUCCUCCACCCCUCUGCCGUUUUCAUAGCCCAUCCAGCCAUGGCGUCGCCAACGACGACAGCAUCCCCUCUCCGAGCCUUUUUUCCUUUUUCUUUUUUUUUUUUUUUUUUUUGUUACAUCCACUCCAUCCCGCCGACACCUGUGGCCCUCUCUCCUCUCCCCGGACAACCGGGUUUAAGUUUGGUUUAAAGGGAGAACGGAGACUUCACACACACACACACACACACACACACACACACACACACACACACAAGUCUUCUGGAUUUUUUAAAAACCCACUACAAGAAGAAGAAGAAGAAAAAAAAAAAUCUGUAAUUGAAUUUAGGUGUGAUAUUUCCUUUUGAUUUUUAAAAACAUGCACAAUCCCUGAUUUUACUCAAAAUGCACUUAAAAUUUUUUUAUAACAGUGAACUUGCUCAAGAGUUGUCGGUUCUCCAAUGCGGGCGUCUGAACCGAAACUUAACGACGGGGGGUUUUGGGGGAGGGAUCUCCGCCUCGACUAAACGGCCCCGCGGGCUCCACAAACGUCUUCCCCGUCGUCUCAUUGCUUGUCCACAGCACAGAGGCUCACAUCCUCGAAAUCGGUGCUACCGGAAAGGCAGGUCAGACUCGUCGCCACGCGGAGAGCGUCUUCUGCGUGUCGAAGCGAUCGCAGGAGAAAACGGGCGGAAGCUACAGUAUGCGGUUUCAAAAGUCGUAACUUUGUGCGAAUGUUUCGUUUUCGCUCCUGUUCCCCUCAAACAAGCAGCUACGACAAGCCAUCCAGCACUCGCCUACUUUGUAGCUGUCCGUAUGUAACAAGGCACAAUCCGAGACGAGAUGAAAACACACACACACACACGCAUAUAAGAAAAAAAAAGCAGCAGCAACGAGGAAAAAAAAUCGUAACGGCUCCGAAGUUUGGAACAGAGGCACGACCUUUUUUCCAGCAGUAAGAAGCAAUAACUCCCGCAGUUUUUUGUCUUUUUUUUUUUUUUUGUCCGUUUCAAUCCCUUUCCUUUCUCAGUUCUGUGUGACCAUCGGAAUAAACAAAUUAGAGCAAUUAAUAUUAUUAUAAUUAUUACUUUUUUGUACAUACAAAUAGCUUAAUAAAUCAAACUUUAAAAAAAAAAAAAAGAGUUUAAAAAGCUCAUGGAUAGAGCUGUUGCUGUUUGACUUCUGUUUAUGGUGCAUUAUAAAUGAAAUUUUUAUCUUUUAAACAUUUCUUUGCUGUUUGAAAUAAACUAUUUACUCGGCGCCCCGACCGGGGAGCGACGUUUUAUUGGUGUGACGGCGAAAACCCAGACAGGGCAGCUCUCUCUCUCUGUGUCCUGUCAGGACUCUCAGUUGGAGGAUGCGGCUGUAGUUUGGCGCAGUUAUUAUUAUUAUUAUUAUUAAUAAUAAUUUUUUUGUUUUUAUUUAUUGGAUUGUUUUUUUUUGUUAUUUCUUGUUUGAUAUUCCUCGUGCAUGUGGCAUUCCUCCGGUGGGUCGGGUGUUUCUGAAGGAGAAAAACGGGUCGUAUGAUGUCAAUAAUCUCCAUCCUAACCUUUCACUGGCAUUACGAAUUGCACUUCAACCACAGUUUCCUUUUUCUGCUCCACCUGCCAUCCAUUCAUUUUCCCAUCCGAAGUGAGAACGGGAAGAACGCUGCUCGCUCUUGAAUAUUUAUUUCUCAGUCCCUUAAAGAGCACAAGCAGUGGGGGAUGAAUGGGAGGCGAAAAAGUUAACUUAUUUUGGUUCUGUCUUAUUUUACUCACUAUUAUUCCUCAUUCCUUAUUUUAAGAAUUGUGUAUUUUAUGUUAUCGUUAAGCUUUUUUCUAUUAUUUUCUUUUCGGGGUGGGGAGGAUUUUAAGGAAAGAUAAUAAAUUUUUUUUUUAAAGCGUAGCCAUUUUGUUUGAUUAUUAUUAUUUUUCAGAUGUUUGACUCUAUGGACACUUGAAAUGUACUCGGGAUCCCUAAGCUGCUCCUAGUGCUGAGCCUCGCCUGUUCUGAGUCGCCGGCCUCGUCCAGAACCGUCUCCGUCCUCGAGCAACCGCUUCAGUCUGGAUUUUUUUUUAUUAUUAUCAUUUUUUUUUUAUUUAAAAAAAUAAUAAAUCUGCUCCGAGGGUCGAGCUGCUUCUGUACGAGACUCGCUCACAACCAAGACUUUUACUGGCAAAUACUGAGCCAGCUACUACACAAUAAACAUAAAAAAGGGGGUCUAAAAAUCAAAAAACAACACGAGAAAGAAACCAACAAAAAAACGCCACUUUCCUGUAUUGCGAGGAUUGUUGUCUCUAUUCGACUUGUGUUUUAUUUGACUAAAUAUGUCUUACAUUUACCUCCGUUUGAGGAUUUAAUGUGGAAAAAGAAAAGAAAAAGAAAAAAAAGACCAUAAUAAGAACAAACCUUUGGUUGCCUAAGGGCGUCACUAAGGUGUGGGCUCCUCCCCUCAGAGCUCUGUGGAGGUUGUUGGACUUGGCACUGAAUCAGAAAGUCACCACUUUUUUGGUGCUUUAUUGUAAAAACAAAAAUGCCAAAAAAAAAAAAAAAGAAACACACCUCAGAACACCUCAGUGUCCUCUCUCUCUUUGUCUCUCUCUUUGAGGGACAGUUUACAUUUGCUCCCCCCCCCUUUUAAUUUAAUAACUUCCAUCUUAGUGUUGCUUUAUUGUUGCUGUUUUUUAUUCCUUCAUAUGUUGGCUUUCUGAAACUGCACUGCUGAUAGUAGAAGAGCUCCAUGGUUGACCACAGAUCUCUCUCUCUCCCUGUGCAACAUGCUGUGUUUUACCGCACAUUUGAUUAAAUGGCAAAACUAGACGUGAUGAAAUUGGUGGCCAAAAUCGGACAAUAUUUGAUCUUGACCGGAACCAGCUGUUCCGAUUUAUUGGCAUUUAAAACUUGUGUGUGCGUGUGUGUGUAUGUGUGUGCGUUCUUGAAGGACCAAAGCUUUAGCAAAGAAGGACCUGAUCUUGAACUAGAAUACACACAUCUUUUUAGGCUCUUCUUUUUUGGGGGAUGAAUUUUAGCCUUCCAGGGUGUGUUUAUCUUAGAAUGACUGGUCUACACAGUGUGUGUUGCACUAAAUGUAAAAGCGGAGCUUGAUUGCGGGUUGGAUGCAGACUGGGUCCUAGAUCAGCUAAUAGGCAGGUCUGGAGAAAAAAUUAUUUUUGGCUAGCAUAUCUUCUCAAAACUAUAUUUUUCUCUUAAGUGUUUAAGCUCAAGUUUUAGUUUUUGUUCUUUCUUUUUUCCCCUGGUCUCUCUCUAAACUAAUGGGCGCCUUCUUCCAGGAGCAGUGCAGUAGAGAGCCUACUGUUGUUGUGAACCUGUGGCCAUUUUGUUUUGUUUUUCUUUUUUGUGAAACAUGCACUCUGGUGAUGACGACGGUGAUGAGGAGGAGGAGGAAUAAUCUAGUUGUGUAUGUUGAACAUGCAAUACCGACAAUAAAGCCACCAAGAUUUUCAAACCUAAAGGACUGAAACGAGCUGUCAAUGCCACAACAUGUCUCUCCUGAAUGUACUGUAAAGAGAUGGCUCACACUGAGAUGAAUAAAGUUUGUGACUUUGAAACGUCUUGUA